UUAAUCUCUUUCCUCCUCUUACAACGUGCCAUGCCAAUGCCACAAUCGUACCUGUCCCUCCUUUCUCACAACGACCAUGCCACAAGCCAGCGUUGUCUACCCUGCUUCUCAAACGGCUGGGACUGAACGGCAGCCGGCGAUGAACUUCCUUUGUGACGCAUGCCAAAUCCUCAUCCCCGGCACCGCGCCGCGGGCGCAUUGUCUCGUCUGUCCAGAUCACGAUCUAUGCGCAGCGUGCACUUUAGGAGAGCGAUUCGUAAGCCCGCACGCCGCUGGGCACGCGAUGCAGGUGUAUCGCGUCAGCGGCGAUAAUGCGACAGCCGUGGUGAAGGGAAAUUGGGUGCUGGGAUAUGGAACGGCUUCUCCCUCGCCUGUACCGGUUGCAUCUUCCAGUAUCGAGAGCAGCAGCGCCGCAGGAGGAACGAGUGUCGGAGGGACAAGUUUCGGCGGUACCGCGACCGGCGUGGGAGGCACUAGUGUGGGCGUUAUCACGUCCGGCGGCAUCAUCGCAGGAGAAACUUCCUCACCAGCCCCCGCAUCUCCCAGUGCCCCCAACGGUUGGGGGCAGUUCUUCUUGCCUGCCGAUCUGAGCCAUACUCAAAUUUACGCCGAACUCAUCAUGACUAUCUUUGGAUAUCUCGAUACCACACGCUCUGGCUUCCUGGCCCCCGAGGGGUAUUCCCGUUUGCUUGACGACAUGGGGUAUCCGGUUCAUGAAAACAUCUGGAAGAAGAACCUGACUCAAAGCUCUCCUCUUCAGAGCCGCGAAGCGGCAGCAGACGCCGCGCUGCGUGCCGCGUACGACAUGUUUGCAAUCGAGUACAUUACCCAAGCACGACCCCGCGCAACGGCACCCGGGCGGUUCUCGGGAUUCCAGUCGAUCGCUGGUGCAGGCACGCCGAUGCCGCUGCUCACCGCAAGAGGCCUGGGCGACAUCAUUGCCAUCGAGUUGCUCGCGGGCCCGAAUGACGCGUUUCCGCGCCUUGCGAAGGUCAUCCAGGGAUACGGGUUGUACGCGCGACAGCCGUAUGCGGGUUGGGGAGCGAUGCCUCGGACCGUAUUGCCCGCUGGGCCGGAUCCGAGGAUGUUGGCUCGGGUCCAGUCCGCUCAGACGAAUGCUGUCCAGGCUGCCGCCAUCAAGGCCCAGCUCAGAGCCAAGGCGGACCUCGCUGCUGUGAACGCCAUCGGCGGAACUCAAUGGGAGAUGAGACCAUACUGAGCGCUCGCGGUAGCUGUUGAGAUACCUGACAUCUUCGCCCAUCUACGUACCAAACUUCCAUCACUAGGUUCCAGCAUCAAUGCUCUAUGUUGUCCUCUCAUCCUUCAGUUUGCAUCAUACUCGUAUAGUCUAUCAGCGGGCCAAUC